AAAACCCGUUCUAUAUAACAGCCCGAAACCCUAAUCACAGCAAUCACAAAAUCAAAACCAAAAACGCGUUGAAGACUUUUGAGGCGGCUAUCAUCUCCUUCGUUCUGUUCAUCGCCGGUAAGGCAAUUCGAAGUCUCUGAUAGCAGUCGAGACGCAGCCACCGUCUAGGGUUUUGUUUCUCCUCUCAUUCGUUAUCGAUUUUUCAUGCUCGAUUGUUUUUGAUUGUUUUGUUUUCCAAAUUGAAUCUAUUCGAUAUUCUUUGUAUUCAGAAAAAAGAAAAAUCUCAUAAACAAGCUUUUAAUUGAUUCUAGUUUUAGUUUUUUGUCCGAUUGUUGAUUGUGGUUUUGUGAAUUGCGUUGAUUUCAAAUCCUUGAAAUUAGGGUUUGAGAAUUUGGGGAUUUUACGGUUUCAGUUUAAUAUUUGUUCCUCAAUUCUUUUGUGCUUGUGAAUCCCAUGGCGGCAGGACGUCAAAGUGUUUUGGGGAAGAGGGAAUCUUACAAGCAUGAUUCUGUCAAGGAAUUUGUGUAUUGUAAGUAUGAUGAUUCUUCUGCAAAAGAAGAGAGAGAAGAAGGUGAGAUUCUUGUUGAUGGGGAUGAAGUUUUACCACCGUCAGAAAAGAGGAGAAAAUUCUCGCCCAUCGUUUGGGAUCUGGCAGAGAAGAAGGCGAAAAUCUCUUCCAAAGAUGGGGUCAAGCAUGUUGCUGAGUCUCUAUCUAGAUCACCUGUUGAUGAACAAAGUCCUGAAGGUAAAGGUGUUUUGAGUGAGUCUUCGCUGAAUUCCUCUUGUGUUGUUGAUGAAAGUGAGAUGCAGGGAUGGAACAUCACAAAGUCUAAAUGGGCUUCUGAUGAUCUAUCACCUAUGGGUGAAGAUGAUAAAUACAAGCAAGAUAAAAGAAGUUCAAGUUUAGAAGUUGGUGGUUCUUCGGGUAGCACAAUCACUGGAUCUGAUAUUGAUGAUGAGGUUAGUGAUUCUCCGUCGGAUUCCUUUGAAAAUAGUGAUAUGAUGCAUGUGCAGAGAGGGUUUAAUAUGUGUCAGAGUUGCAGAACUGUGUCCGAGUUUGAAAUGAUUAAGAAAAUAAACGAAGGAACUUAUGGUGUUGUCUAUAAAGCUAAGGAUAAGAUGACUGGAGAAGUUGUAGCAUUAAAGAAGGUGAAGAUGGAGAAGGAAAGAGAAGGCUUUCCAUUGUCAGCCUUGAGAGAAAUGAAUAUUCUUUUGUCUUUAGAUCAUCCAUCUAUUGUUGAUGUUAAAGAAGUAGUGGUGGAUGAUGAUGAUAGGGAUGAUGGUACUUAUAUGGUAAUGGAGCAUAUGCAGUAUGAUCUCAAACAAUUAAUGGAGGCUAGGAACCAGCCUUUUAGUUUGGGUGAAAUAAAAUCUUUCAUGAAGCAACUUCUUGAAGGUGUCAAGUAUCUCCAUGAUAACUGGAUUCUCCAUAGAGAUUUGAAGACAUCUAACAUUCUAAUGAAUAAAGAAGGGCAUCUGAAAAUAUGUGACUUUGGAAUGUCAAGGCAGUACGGGAGUCCGCUUAAGCAAUAUACUUCUCUUGUCGUUACAUUAUGGUACAGAGCCCCUGAACUUUUAUUGGGCGCUAAAAAAUACUCCAAAGCAAUUGAUAUGUGGUCAUUGGGCUGUAUAAUGGCUGAAUUAUUUUCCAGGGAGCCUCUUUUCAGGGGUAAAACUGAAAUUGAACAACUUGAUAAGAUUUUUCGAACCCUUGGUACACCCGAUGAGAAGAUAUGGCCAGGAUUUUCCAAAUUGCCUGGAUCUAAAGCAAAUUUUGUCAAGCAACGGUGUAGUAUGCUAAGGAUGAAGUUUCCAGCUGCAUCUUUCACUGGUUUGCCAGUUUUAUCCGAGUCGGGAUUUGACUUGUUGAGUAAGCUCCUAGCUUAUGACCCUGACAAGAGAAUAUCUGCUGAGGCUGCUCUGCAACAUGAUUGGUUUCAAUGAAGAUCCACUUCCCAGAACCGAUGACAACUAUAUUUUCUUCAUCCUAGUUGCUAGCAGCUUAGACAGGUACUUAUGCUAGAGCGGGAUUCAUGAAAAACCCAGAGCAAUGCCUUAUGUUAACCCACACUUUUCCAACUUCUCUUUCCACACUAAUGAUCUUAUACUAAGAAUGAUGUGAUUGCCAAGCACACAGUAAUUGACUUCAUUAGGUUUUUUGUUUAUAAAAUUGGAAGCGGCAUGUAUGAUGUACAAUGAGAUGAGAAGGUAUGGCACCUGAUUUUUUAAUAUUGAUAUCCAUGUAGUCGUGUACCCUUUAUGCUGGGUAAAAUUUGUACAUAUAUUUCAGGACUGAAGUAAUAAAUGAGUUUUUGAUAUGGUAUGGUUCCUAUUCUAUUUUAUGGCUUUUGUUUCCAAUUUUAUUUUUUGAUUAAGCCUUCUAAUUUGAGGCUGCCAAGUUUUGUGGUUACUUUCUAUGUUGCAACUACUUUUUGCCACCAGGAAAGGCUCCUUAAAAUUUGGGUACAACAAUGCUCGAAUUGGUGAUAGCUGUUGUAAAUCAAUCAAGGGAAACUUUAUUUGCACCUUGAUCAACAGGUCAUGAUGUUAGUUUCUGAGUUUGUAAAGUUUGUUCUUAAAUACGAUGAUAUUAUAUACUAGAAAAAAUGUUAAAUUAACUAGUGGCUUGAAAAUGGAUUACAAGGAAGCGAGUUGGUUGGUGUGAAGAAAGGUUUCAGAAAGAAAUGUUGGAAGGUUUUUUUUUGCAGGCAAUGCUCCAUAAUAUGCUUGAAGUUUCACUGUCACUCAAUCUAUGCCUUCCUUACUUCAAUUGUGGGCUUGUUUUGGUGACUGUGUUUGACAAACUUCAACUAGACAUUGUAAGUUGAGGAAAUUAGUCAAUCCUUUCAUCUGGUGCUGGUCUUGUUUCUAUUUAGUUUAUUAUUUAUUUAUGACCUUCAUUCAAUUUCAAAGUCAUAUGUUGAGGUUAUCGUGGAUAUAGAAUUUAUAUGUUGUUCUGAAUAGGCCAUUAACCUGAGGGAACUCUUGUUUCUGAA